GUUUCCAUGUGGGAACAUCACAUGGGACCAGUGCCAAAUUAUUCUAUGUUGGAAAAUUCUUCAUCAUAAUGAGACACAAAGACCCUCUUCCAGGACUUGAAUUGGCGUUAGAAUUUAAGAGCUCCGAGUUAGGUUUUGGAAAAUGCAAUCCAUCACUUUGGCCUGGAGGGUCUCCAUUCUUUUUGAAUUUCUUGCUGAGAUAUUGAGUUUUCGCUGCCUUCUUUUCUUUUAAGCUUUGAAUUCGUGGAUGGUUUGGUUUUUAUGGUGAGGAGGUUUCAAAGCUUAAAUGUCUUCAAGUAACACAUGUAUGAUGUCUGAUGUGUCCAUAUUUCUUUGCUUACCUAGGAAAGCUCAGUGAUGUUUCCUUCCUUUUGACUAUGAAAUUGAAGCAUGGUUUUGAUAGUUUGAUUAUGAGGUUUCCGUGCUCCUUAAAUUCUGACCUAGAGGAAACUUCACGGCUUCUAAGGCUUCCAGGCUAUAAAGUUCGUAUGAGCGAAGUGGAAAAUUCAAUUUUGAUUUUGAUAUUUGAUACCUGAUUUAGAAGAAUAUAAAUUAAAUCCAAAUUUCAAAGUUGUACUUGUUUCUUUCAGUGGCUGUUGUUUUUCUUUUCUAUACUGUUCUGUUCUUAAUUGUCCACUGCAGUCCAGUUGUCUGCUUUAAUUUCCUAGUGAAUCCUUGCUUCCACUUGGCACUACUGAAUAUGGUGGGUUGAUUUAAUGUUAUGGGCUAUCAUUUGUCAAGCAAUUAAUCAACAUGAACUCAAUGAUAAAUCUGCAGGUUUGGGGCUCAAUUUGCGAGAUAUACUUCCUUAUGACAACACUUGCUUAAUCUGCUUCCUGUGUACAGAUUCUAAGUUGUAAUCCACAGUUUAGCAACUUCUUCUGAAAGGCAAUUUAGUGAUUUGAGUUUCCCAUCGAUGGCUGAUGAAGAUGAUUCAUAUCCACCGAUGCACGCUAAGAGAACUCCUAUUUGCAUUUUCUUUAAAGAUGUCAGACAUGUUCUUAAAUUGGAUGAACUUGGGUUAGAAAUAGCACAAAUAGCAUUUCCUGCGGCUUUGGCUUUUACAGCCGACCCAAUAGCCUCUCUGGUUGACACAGCAUUUAUCGGCCAAAUAGGUCCAGUAGAACUUGCUGCUGUUGGAGUUUCUAUUGCUCUAUUUAAUCAAGUAUCAAGAAUUGCAAUAUUCCCUCUUGUCAGUGUCACAACUUCUUUUGUUGCGGAAGAAGAUGCUAUAGGAAGAGUCAGCCCUGAAGAAGAAGAUAGUGAAUCCUUGGAAACAGGUUCUACUGUGAACAGUGAAAACAAAGAGUUGAUACCGCAAAAUUAUUCUGCAGAAGGUCCAUACAAGGCAAAAUCACCUGUUAGCAGCUUUGGAAUUGAUAAGAUUGAGAAUGAGAGAAGGUGCAUCCCAUCAGCCUCAUCUGCAUUGGUUAUUGGGGCAAUUCUAGGCCUUAUCCAAGCUAUAUUCCUCAUAUCUGGAGCAAAACCACUAUUAAACUUCAUGGGAGUUGGUUCUGAUUCCUCUAUGCUGGGCCCUGCACAACAGUACCUGACUUUAAGGUCGCUUGGUGCUCCUGCAGUUCUCCUUUCCUUAGCCAUGCAAGGGGUAUUCCGUGGAUUCAAGGACACAAAAACUCCUUUAUAUGCCACUGUGGCUGGAGAUGUAACAAACAUCAUAUUAGACCCUAUAUUUAUGUUUGUUUUUGGCCUGGGUGUCAGGGGUGCAGCCAUCGCCCACGUGUUAUCCCAAUACCUGAUUUCAGUUAUACUCUUGUGGAGAUUGAUGAAACAAGUUGAUCUCGUACCUCCUAGUAUCAAACACCUGCGGCUGGGUCAAUUUCUUAGAAAUGGACUUUUAUUAUUGAUGAGGGUAGUAGCUGUGACAUUCUGUGUUACUCUUUCUGCAUCAUUAGCUGCGCGACAAGGAUCAACAUCAAUGGCAGCAUUUCAGGUCUGCUUGCAGGUUUGGUUGGCCACAUCUCUUCUUGCUGAUGGAUUGGCUGUUGCUGGGCAGGCAAUACUUGCAAGUGCAUUUGCCAAGAAGGACUACGAAAAGGCAAUAGCUACUGCAACUCGAGUAUUGCAGUUGGGAUUACUUUUGGGGUUGAUGCUUGCUGCUGUCCUUGGACUUGGAUUGAGAUUUGGAGCAAGAUUAUUCACAAGUGAUGCUGAUGUCCUCCACAUGAUUAGUAUAGGCAUUCCGUUUGUUGCAGGUACUCAACCCAUUAAUGCCUUGGCAUUUGUUUUCGAUGGUGUCAACUUUGGAGCAUCUGAUUUCGCAUACUCCGCCUACUCUAUGGUGAUGGUGGCCAUUGUUAGCAUCCUAUGUUUGUUUCUCCUCUCCUCUAGUCACAAGUUCAUUGGAAUCUGGGUUGCUCUGACAAUAUACAUGAGUCUUCGUGCAUUAGCUGGCUUUUGGAGGAUAGGAACAGGAACAGGACCCUGGAACUUCCUCAGGAAUUUGUAGCAGCUUGUCUAUUCUUUGAACUAAUAGCGUUGCAGCCAUAUUAAGAACCUGUCAAACUGUGAUUCUGUCAGGACAGGAACAGGACCCUGGAAUUUCCUCGUGAAUUUGUAGCAGCUUGUCUAUUCUUUGAACUAAUAGCGUUGCAGCCAUAUUAAGAACCUGCAACUUAAUCAGUCACCAUAGUCACAUGCAAAACAUUUUGAUUCUACAAGAAAUUUCCCUGCCUUCUUUGGUUAGUUGUUUCAGGUUAAAUGGCAUGACGUGUAAGACCUUGUUAUAUUCCUUUCAUCCUCUGUAAAGUAGAUAGGAUGAAUUUUAAUUUUUACUCAAGCGAUGAAAUGAUAUCAAUUUUUAAAA